AAUGAUGAAAUUUGCUUGCUGUGAAUAUAUACUAGAACAUGCAUACGUUUCCGCUUUAACGUAGGACUUGGAUGUUAAUGUAUAGUUGACUCUGAUGUGUUUUUGCAUCUGCUUAUUGUGCGUAUAUAUGCAUACGUUACCGUUUUUACUUAGGACCAGGGUGUCAUUUGUAUUGUCAACUCUGCUGUUUAUAUUUAACAACGUAUACGCACAAACCUGUAGUAAAACAGCUCAAGGAUUAACUACUACCGAGGUAAACGCUGAUGAUGACGGUCAUAUCAAAGGUGAGUACACUGGCGACCACCCAGUGGCUACGUAAGCAGAUCGGGUCCAGCAACACGGCGACCCGAGCUUUACGUAUCCUGGACACGUCUUUCGUGAGGGACAAACAGGUGGAUACGUAUACCAUGGAUUACCUAGAGGGUCACAUUCCCCAGGCCCUGUUCUUCGACCUUCACAAGUGUGUUGAGAGCACCCCGAGCAUCCCACGAAACCUGCCUGACCCCGCCUGCUUCACGAGCUACGUACGGAAGCUUGGCAUUUGGCCGGACACCCACGUGGUCGCUUACGACAGGUUCGGGCCCGCGUCCGCCUACAGGACCUGGUGGCUCUUCCGGCUGUACGGCCAUACGAACAUAUCUGUGCUGGACGGUGGUUACCGGAAGUGGGUAGCAGACGGGUACGACACCACCAAGGAGGAGCCGGAAGUCGAGCCGUCCAUGUUCAUUCCACAACUGGACCGAUUCCUGGUGCGAACCUUCGACGACAUGGCGGAGAAUCUCAGGACGUGUAGGGAGCAGGUUGUGGACGCUAGGGGGGCCACGGACCGCGCUGUCGUGGACACGGAGUCUGGUGGCGGGAAGAUACCGGGGUCCAGGCACGUGAGCUUCGAGGAGCUGUUUAACGAGGAUGGGACGAUGAAGACGGAAGAGCAGCUGAAAUCAAUGUUUGACGAUGCAGGUUUGAAUCUCCAGCGCCCACUGGUGGCCACUUGUAACACGGGCAUGACGGCGUGCGGGGUGGCGGCGGCCGCACACAUCCUUGGCAGGGAUAUACCCGUGUACUAUGGCUCUUGGACGGAAUGGCGUCAACGCGCGAGGGAGGAGCAUACGUAUAGCGGGUGUACGGAGCAACAAGAUGUCUUAAAGAACGGCCUCGGAUUAUAGUCUUAAUAUACAUAUAGUGACUUGGUUUGCUGAUGGUGUUCUCAGAACCUAAUUUAAGUUGAAAUCAACUAUGCAUUAGUGCCGUUUGUUGCUGUAGUGGUUGAGUGCGUCCUGAAGUCCUGAGUUAGUUUAGUCCUGAGCGUUUGGAAGCCGAACUUAAAGUGUUUGGAACAAAAUGUUUUUAGAAGUGUUGUCUGAAUAUAAUAAGAGACCAGUAUCCUAAUUUUGAGUGCCGUUGUUAUGGUUAUUUACGAAUCUCGAUAUAUUAAGAAAACUAUUUUUUACCUGUGAAAGAAUAAGGUGCGGAAUUACGUUGUCCGUUUAGUCAUUUAUGUGUUGUAUAAAAUGUUCAUUUUUAUGUGUGACUUUUCAACCUAACUGUUUAUGGAGACCGGGGUAAAGUGUUUAACUCAUAAACUUUUCAAAUUGUAGGAACAUGUUGAUAAUUUAAAUUGGUUCAGUCAUGUUUUAGUAAGGCGACUAACCUUUUAAAUACAAAUGUGUCUUGAAUCCAAUCAAGUUAGUCGGAUUUUUUUAGUUUAUUUCCUUAAUGAUGGUUUCGAAUAUCUUAACAUCAAAAUCGGUAAUGCCACAAUUGUUUGAGAACUUAUUUAGCAUUUUCAAAUGUAUCACUAUUCAAUGUGUAACAUAAUGAGAUUGUGUUGUUCGUGGGUUUUUUGUUGAUUUUAAAAUUAUAAUUUUAUGAUUAAGCUGAGUUAAAAUAUCAGGUAACUUAUUACUGCGAUCACUUGGACAUUUUAUUCAGAUUCAUUACAUUGUAUUAUUCAUACGGCGUUUCGAUUUUGUUUUCCAAUUAUUUCAAAUAAUCCGAAUUCCGGCUCUUUUAUCCUUGUAUAAUACUUUUGUAUUGUUUGAUGUCCAUAAUAAUAAUAACGGUAACCGUAUGACGCAAACGCAAAUUUUGUUAUCUUUAAAUUAACGUUUACAGAUGAAUAUUAAAUGCACUUUUAUCAUUUUUUUGCGCAACUGGUGAAAUCCUAACAAGAUGGUCAUUUUAAAUGUGCCGUUCAUCACAUUCUUGAUUAAACAAAAUCCGGUUCUGUUAAUCUGAACCAUUGUAAAUAUGCCGUCCUCAUGCAUUCUAUACACGGUUGAGCAGCCGUGGGUUCGUAGUGUCUAUAUGCAUUUGAGUCGCGUUCUGAUUAAACUGGGCAUAAUGCAUGUGCGUAAAGUGUCGUCCAGAUUAGCCUGUGCAGUCCACACAGGCUAACCAGGGACAACACUUUACGUUUGUAUGACAUUUUUCGUUUAAAUGAAGUCUCUUCUUAGCAAAAAUCCAAUUUAGGCGGAAAGUGUCGUCCCUGAUUAGCCUGUGCGGACUACACAGGCUAAUCUGGGACUUCACAGGCUAAUCUGGGACGACACUUUACGCACAUGCAUUAUGCCCAGUUUUCUCAGAACGCGUCUCAUUUCAUGAUCGAUGGCUGUAAGGACUAAUUCUCAAUAAGUAAUCAUUUUACGUAAAUAUAGUUAUCAAAACAAAACUCCGUUGGUAAAGGAACCGUAUCUUGCGCUCGUUUGCGGUUAUUCCUGAUUUUAGUACUGAUAUUUUAAUAUUAAUUAAAACUUUUAAUGUGCUUGUAAUUCGUUGUUGAAUACGCAUGACAUUUUGUAUGAGUUAUGCAAAAAAUACAUAAAUACAAAAAAUCAUAAACCAUUGCGGUUUUCUUCAUUUGUUUACAUGAACACAUAUCCCGUAAUCGGUGUAAGUUGCUUUUAAUAUGUGCAUUAAAAAUGUAUACGUUU